CUAGCAGAGCAUCAUGGAGGAAUUCCUCAGUUAGGGAAUUUGAAAAAUCAUCUGGACAAAUCUAAGACUGAUAUUGAGCAUUAUAUUCCAGUAGACAAAUUUGGCUUAGCUGUCAUUGACUGGGAAGAAUGGAGGCCCACUUGGAUGAGAAACUGGAAACCCAAGGACGUCUACAGGAAUAAGUCUAUCGCCUUGGUCCAGGCAAAUAAUGCAGGGAUUAGCAUCGAAGAUGCCACACAGAAAGCCAAGGACGAAUUUGAAACGGCAGGAAGGCAUUUCAUGGAAGAGACUUUAAAACUGGGGAAAUCAGUUCGACCAAGACACUUAUGGGGUUAUUAUCUGUUUCCUGAUUGUUACAACAAUAAGUUUCAAGACCCAAAAUACGAUGGGAACUGCCCUCCUGUGGAAAAGCAAAGAAAUGAUGCUCUUAGCUGGAUGUGGAAAGAAAGCACGGGCCUUUACCCUUCUGUGUAUUUGAAGAAAGACUUGGGAUCCAAUCGACAAGCUGCACUCUAUGUCCGAUACCGAGUAGUGGAAUCCGUAAGAGUGUCCAAGGUUCGAAGUGAAAAAGAUCCUGUCCCGAUUUUUGUCUAUAUUCGUCUUGUUUUUACUGAUAACACUUCUGAAUACCUUCAGGAGGUGGACCUUGUGAAUACAAUUGGUGAAAUUGUUGCUCUGGGUCCUGCUGGGAUUAUAAUAUGGGAUGCUAUGUCUUUAGCACAACGCGCA